AUGGCUCUUACCGUCCCCGACACCGGGCUGUCUCUCUGGCGUGGAGACCAGCCCGGCAACCUCUCUCCAGAUCCCCAUGCCAAACAGACUCAGAUUUUGCGUCUAAACCUCGCUCAAAGCACCUUGGACGAGCUCGUGGAAAGCCUUCGCAACGACCAGAAAGCUCGAUUACGCCUUGGAAAGCACCAAACCCUCUAUUACGGCUCCAAAUCUCAGCAAUUCCAUUCCCACCUCGAAACCCAUCGCUCCGAAUUAUACAAGACCUCCGAAGACGAUCGAGAAAACCUUUACUUUUCCGGCGUGCUCAGUCACAGUCUCGAGGUACAAAAGGCAAAAGAAGCAACGGCUGCUACAGACGAAGCUCUGGCCACCCUUGAACAGAGCCUGAGCGCCUUUGAACGGGGCAAGGAAUCGAAGAAGACACAACUUGUCAAUCUUAAGCCUGACGACCGAAAAUCUCGGUCCAAAGUUCCCUUGAGCAAGAUUGACCUGGACAAGGAACGUUUCUUUAAGAAUCGCUCCAUUUCCGGCAGUCCCUCACUGGGUGCCAUUCGAUCUCCCGCAUCUCUCCCAACUCUCACUCCGACGUCAGUUCCGUCCUCCCAGAACAAGCGAAAGGCCCGACAGGACGCUUUGAAAACACCAUUCAUCCAUCUUCUCGCUGUCAGACCCGUGUCAGUCAAGUACCUCGCUCAAACAACCCGCUCGUCGCAGGAAGAUUGUCUUGAAUUAGCCAGAAAGUAUGGAGUUGAGAACCGUAUCGACCCUUCUAAAUUCAAUCUGAAGGAUAAGAGCUACAAAGAAUUGGAUAUUUGGAGCUUCCCUUACCCAAGCGAGUCCGAUCGUGCCUCUGCCAUCGAAAACGCAAUCUCAGCUUUCGACCGACAGCGAGUUUCUACGUCAGACAAGCUUUGGCAGAUGCUGAAUUCGAAAGAAGAGCGAGCCAAAGGAAUCUGCAAAUCAAGACUGAAACUUCAAACUGCACCUCCACCACCUAUCAAAGUGCAUGCUGCGGAAGAGACAAGCAAAGAAGGCGAUUUGACUGGCAACGAAACUGACCGAACCAACGGCCGAUUGACACCCAACGCUAUGGCAGGCGAUACUUCAUCCAAACCUGCAGCGAAGAAACCGCCGACUACCAAAGCCAAGAACAGUACACUCACAGGACGAAUUACAAAAAAGACGGAGAAGAAGGCUCCACCUCCGAAGCCUACCGGCAAGUUCAAAUCUGCCGAGUUUGUGCAUGAUUCAGACGAAGACACGGACAUUCCGGACGCUCCUCCUAUUCCAUCGCCUCCGCCAGCAGCUAAAAAGCCAGCAGCAACGACAGAAAGCAAGAAACCUCCGGAAGCCAAGAAAUCUACAGAAAACAAGAAAUUGCCAGCUAAGCUAGUAGACAGCAAACCUGCAAAGCCGGCUUCUAAACCCACUUCUGCCGCUCAGUCACCAACGGUCAAGCCUCAGAUUACAUUGAAACCUCAACCGCGAACUAUCAAGACUAUUCCUGCCACCAAUGGAAAUGGAACUGGUUCAAAGACGUUGCCUGGAUCUCGAGCAACAAAACCUACUUCUCCAGUCAAGCCGUCUCCAUUGGCGUCUUCUCCACCAACCAAUGCCUCUGAUAUCGACAAUUCUAGUCAGAAUUCUGGACAGACGAGCUCAUCUAGUUCAUCACCCCUGAUAGCACAGGUGGCCAAGCAAAACAAGACGAAAACUGCGGCCCCUACUACCGUUAUCAAGCCAAAAGUUCCUGCGAAACCCAAUGGCACGGUGAAACCGGUAAUUGAGCAGACAAACCCCUUGAAGAGAAAGGCCUUACCCGACCCGAUGCCGACUGGUCGGUUGAAUCGGAAUGGCGAGGACAUUAAACGCCGGCGACCGAUUGAGUCAAUGUCACCAAGUGGAACGAGUUCUGGAAGCGCGUCACCACCGCACAAUCGCGACUAUCAUCGCCAACAAUUACGACAGAAAUCGAUGGACUUUAAGAAGCUAUACUCGAGGUAUAGAGAUCUUCACAACUCUCUGGUCAACCAGAUGGAUCCCACGCCCUCGGAUCUUUCACGUUUGAAACAAAUGCAUGCUCGAGUGCAGCGGAUGAAGAAGGAAAUCUGGGACGAAGAUCGACGAUUGCGGGGAAAGUCUUAA